AUGUAUUAUUAUUACAAGGAAAACAUAACGGUUUAUCAUCUUGCUGGAUUUCGCCUACGAUUUAAUCCAAAUUUUUCUGACCCCACACUUAAAGCGGCAAAGUCCGAGAGUUACACUUGGACAGUCGACGACUUGGGAAACGUUUCUACUUACAAGUGGCCAAGACGUGCAGCAACUCCGGAAACGUUUUCCACAUUUUACAGAAAUUUCAUAACACCUCUUGAGACUACAAAAUCCCAUCAUUCGCUCAUCCGGUAUACAGCUCAACGAAGUAAUUUUGGAGAGUUUAUUUCGGGAACGGCAAUUCUACGAUUUGGUGCUAGACCAACCAUUUCACGACAAUCCGACAUCUUGUUGGGUACACCGAAAUCUACCGUCGAGGCUUGUUUCAAUGUCACUGGAAGUCCCAAGCCCUCACUCUUCAUCAACGAAACAGACAAUAACAACGACAUCGUGUCUUCUAGUAGCAAAAAAAACCGCUGCAUUAAAAUCGGACCUCUGAAACUCAACGACUCCGGAAAAGUUACCGUAAUAGCAAAAAACUGUUUUGGCCAAUCAAAUAUCACAAUUUCCAUUACAAUUGUUCAAAGUACACCAACUACUGAGAUACUAAAAACAAGUAGCACAGCGCAAUUUGUCUCAACGGGUAGUACUAUCGCCUCGUCAUCUGUGCAAGACGGACGUGUGUUAGUUGACUCUCCUGCUACUUCUUCCUCUACCCGCGCAACGGCACAAAGUACUUCAAAGACACAGAGUAGUGCAACGACACCAAGUAGUAAAGCAACACAAAAUGGUGCAAAGCGAAGGUCCAAUGCGACUUCACCAGGGUUUCCAACUUGGGCUACCGCAAUUAUCCCUAUUUUCAGUAUCACGGCGCUUAUACUUGCAGUUGUUCUGGUGAUAUUAUAUAUUAGAAGACGUAGAUUACAAAAAGCAGCAAGUCAAGAACCAAAAGAUGCUGUUCCAGCCGAAUCGGAUCCUGCAGUGUAUGCGGUGCCUAUGAAGAAGAGGGCGGUGGUAGCACCGAUUGCUAGAGAGUCUGCGACUACAGCUGCAGUCGAGGAGACACCGAUGGAUCAACCGAGCAAGCACAAACUGGAAGCUCGGCUUGCAUACACCCAUGAGUAUUCUCACGAGGGUCACGGUGACACGAGCACCUACACUCUGCCGGGCGAGAAGUGCAAUGAGAUGGACUCAGUAGACGAGUCAUGUAAGCAAGCAAUGUAUGCAAGACCAAUGAAGAAAGCAACUGCGGAAUCAAAUUCCGGAAAGGAGUCCGACGAAACGCUAACAGAUGAGCAGAAACUGAUCCGUCAAAGAGGCCACAACAGACCGGUUCUUGACAUUGCCAGUCCAACUGCUCACUCCCUAACUACCACAGACAACCACAGAUCGGGUGUGGAGUAUGCUGAGCUAGAGUUUGAAGACAACCAUGUAGUUGAAACCGCUCCGUCCUCUGCCUCUGUCACGUAUGCUAACCUAAGACUUAGCUAGAAAUUUGCUCCUAGCUGAAACAUUUAGCUAACAAUUGCAUUGACAGCUGUCACAGCGAUAACGCAAGACUAGUAAUCUAAACACAGAAACGCUUGUUACAGAGAUUCGGGAUCGUACACACUGCUGAACUGGAGUUUGGA